AUGUAUAUAAUUUUACCUGAGCAACGGGAUGGGCUUGGUGAACUAAUAGCAAAGGUGAGUUCUGCUCGUGCUGGUUUUCUGGAUAAAUAUGUCCCAGUCAAUCAUUGUUUGGUUCUUACGGGAAAAUUUAAGGUUCCGAAGUUCAAACUCCUUUUCGAUUUUGACUCAUCAAGAGUACUCAAGGAAUUGGGUAUAGUUUUGCCUUUUGAUAAUUUCAAAGCAGAGCUAACGAAGAUGAUGGAUACAAACGUUCAUGUUGACAAAAUUCUUCACAAGUGCUUUGUGGAAGUUGAUGAAGAAGGAACUGAAGCUGCUGCUGCUACUCCUAUUUUUGGGGCUUCUCGGAGUCGCUGCCAGAGGAGUUAUCUUCCUCCUCGUACCAAUUUUGUGGCAGAUCAUCCUUUCAUCUUCAUUAUAAGAGAGGAACAAAGUGGCGUGGUCUGGUUCAUGGGGCAUGUUCUUGAUCCUUUAUUAAAUUCUUCAUGA